AUUUCUGCAUGAACGCAUAACUGUCAGUGUGCGUGUCAAUGUCAGUGUGUGUGUGUUUUAGAUGUUUUGCUAGUAAACGCAUGCUAAGCCUGAGCUUUUUUUUUUUUUAAAUCUACACGUUUUUCAAUUUGUAUUAUUUUAUUUUAUUUCAUUUUAUUAAACAACGAAAAAUGGUGUUGAAUUUUUAGACACGUUAAAACAGCAGUUUGGACAGGGAGUCGAUUCUUUAUAAGGAGUCGAUUCUUUGAUUGGGCUCGAUUGUGAGUCGAUUCUACGCAAGAAGGAAAAAACAGUAGGAGAUUCCGUUGUCACUCUAAAUACGUUUUAACUAUCGAUGAUAAAAGAGUGUGUUUAAUUUUUUAUUAGUAGGUUUUUCUGGUGAAGUCCGGGUGUGUAGAAAUGCCUCGUUGAAUCGACUCCCACAAUCGAUUUUGCUCACCUUAACUCCUAAGCUGUGAUUGGUUAGUAUAUGCACUCUUAGCCAAUCAAAACGAAGGGGGCGUGACUUUUAACAAAUACGGAAGUAACAAACAGGCCAGCGGUGUUUAUAUUACUUUCACUUUUAAUUAUCUGUCUAAAAAUAAAAUUUACGCAAACCAAUGGAUUAUUAAUUACUAUAAAAUACUAACAUUCAUUUACUUAAACAGAAUAAACUAACAAAAGUCUUUCAAGUAUAUGGAUUCAAAGGAUCAAAGAAAAUUGCUGUAAUUCCGAGGUGAUGACGCUGUCAGAAGAGUUGGAGGAAUUGAGGAGCCGGGUCGAGGCGAGUUUAUCCAGAGCCGGUUCUGUGCCGGAUAUCAGAAACGGCGUUUCCGCUGUGGCCAACAUCUCUCUGCCUCCGUCAGCGAAAUAUCGUUACAUUGCCCCAGAGAACAUGCUGAAAGAAAACAGUGCUGGAAGCAACAAGACUGAGGUAAUCACGUCGCUGCAGAAACUGUCCACAGCGCUCAACAUCCUGGAGAAGUACGGCUCCAACCUCACCAACCCCAACAGACCCAAGUACUGGCGCACGGUGAAACACAACAACCCCGUGUUCAGGGCCACGGUGGACGCUAUUCAAGGUGGACGGGCUGUCCUGUGUCUGUAUGGCUACACCAAUCAGCAGCCGGACGGUCUGAGUUUUCCCGAUGAUGUCACAGAGCCGGACGUUGCCAAAGUGGCCUCGGUGACGCUGGAGGUCAUGAGUCUGCGUGUAGAGCUGGACAUGCUCAUCAAGGACGCUCAUCCUCACCCAGAGUUCUUUGAGAGACUCAUCCCAGCUCUCGCUCAGAAGGACGGUGAUAACGAUGUGAGCACAGACGCUGUAGGCAUUUCUCCGUCCAGUGAAACACAGUGGGAGAUACUCUCCCUGCCCACUCUGCCCACUCUGUCUCCAUCCCAACCCUCAGCACUGCUGUCUCUCUCCUCCCCCACACCCACCAGGACACCAGCUGUCUGUGAAGAGAACUGCAGCAUUUGUGGGAUCUUACCCGUGGCGGCACACUGCGCUACCUGCUGUCAGCGUCUGUGUUCAGAGUGCGACCGUCUCUUCCACUCACACCCAGCUCGUGCAACACACAAGAGGAUCCCAGUGGCGGCCCCGAGGACCUCCAAAACACUCAGCGCGUCUCUGGCCACGUGGCUUUGUUCGUACUGCACCACGGUGAACACAAUGCAGCAGGUGUUGUGUAACACCUGUGAGCGCCCUCGUCUGGCCGCAGCCGCCCCGGCUGUACAGGAAGAUCCUCCUCAGCCGUCUACCAUCACAGAGUGGCAGUGUAAGAGCUGCACUGUGGUGAACUCGAGCAGCAGUAUACUGUGCGAGGUGUGUGAGCGCCCCCGUCUGGCUACACGCCCUCCCGUGACGCCCUCGCGACCCACGCCGGCUCCUGCAGGACUGUUCGACACCGGGCAGUGGAUCUGUCAGUUCUGUACUUACGCCAACCACACGCCGUCGCCCCGCUGCGAAAUGUGCGACCUGGCCAGAUCUGACUCCACCCCUUCACCUUCAAAACCCCGCCCACCUUCCCCAAUUAAGAAUAUCACUCCGAAAAUUGAGCCAGUGGAGGAUCCGGAUUUGAAGAGGCAGAGACUGAUGCGGGAGGAGGGUCUUAAACUGAUCACGUUGAUCCGAGAGGGUGAGGGAAAAGGCGUGAGCCCCGAAGAGGUGUACACGAGUCUGCGGGUUUCGGGUGGGAUCAGCGGGACUCCGUACGAUUGGCUGAAGACGGAGUUGCCGCACAGGUUGGACGAGAUCUGUGCCAUGGCUGCCUCGUUCCAGCACGAACCUAAACCUCUCCAAACAUCUGCCGUGCACCACAACGAGCUCCAGAAGACCUCAGUGCCUUUAUCCAGAGCUGAGGCCAAGCAGGCCUGGCUCACAGCAGGGGGCGACAACGAGAAAGCAGCACGGCAAGCGCUCAGGGACCGUCUCGCUAGGGUAAAGGAGCUAGCCUCUAUUGGCUUCACUGACACGGCUGCCUGUGAGGAGGCUUUGAGGCAGAGUGGCGGUGAGGUGAGAGGAGCACUGGUGCUGCUGCAGCGCCCCCUGCUGGAGUCUUUCCACAAGCGCAUGUGGAGCGACGAGCCCGAACCCACGAUCGAUAUCAACCACCCAGACAAACAGCGCGUGUGUCGCAGGCUCCUCGCCAUGUACAACCUGCCCAGCUGGGGGCGCUGUGAGCUAGCCCUGUCUCUGCUGCGUGACCCUGGUGCCCCCUACACGCUGGAGGAUGUGGUACAGGCCGUGCGUGAGUCACAUGACCGUGACUUCAUACGUCGUGUUUUGGCGAAAGAGUGUCCUAUCUGUCUGUCCUUGUUUCCUCACAGCAAGAUGCAGUCUCUGACGUCGUGUCAGUGCUCUGUGUGCUGUGAGUGUUUUAAGCAGCACUUCACUAUCGCGGUGAGAGAUAAACACAUCAGGGACAUGGUGUGUCCUGUGUGCUCCGAACCCGACAUCAACGACCCCGAACACCUGAACAGCUACUUCUCCACUCUGGACAUCCAGCUGAGGGAGUGCCUGGAGCCCGAGGUCUAUGAUCUUUUCCACAAGAAACUGACUGAACAGGCACUCAUCAAAGACCCAAAGUUCCUGUGGUGCAGCCAUUGUUCGUAUGGUUUUAUCUAUGAUGGAGAUCAGCUCAAGGUCACCUGCCUGCAGUGCCGGAACAGCUUCUGCGCAAAGUGCAAGAAACCUUGGGAGGCUCAGCAUGUUGGCCUGUCGUGUGAACAGUUCCAGUUGUGGAAACGUGAAAAUGAUCCCGAGUAUCAGCGUCAGGGUUUAGCUGGUUACCUGCGUGACAACGGAAUCACGUGUCCUAACUGCAGGUUUCAGUAUGCUCUGGCUCGUGGAGGUUGUAUGCACUUCAGCUGCUCUCAGUGUCGUUAUCAGUUCUGCAGCGGCUGCAACAACCCUUUCCACACAACAUGUGCGGUGCCUCAGUGCAGUGUGACUGGUCUUCACGCUCAUCACCCGAGAGAUUGUCUGUUUUACCUGCGUGACUGGGAGCCGGCCAGACUGCAGGCCUUAUUGCAGAAAUGCAGCGUAGCCUUCAACACCGAUGUUCCUCCAGGAACACAGACAGGUGUGUGUGGUGUGAUAGAGCAGAAGGAUGACGGUACGUGUCAGACGGACUCGGCGUGUGGAGCUCAGACUCAGCCUGGUCAGGCGGGACUCUGCGAAAAACACUACCGCGAGUACCUGGUAAGCCUCAUCAAUGGCCACUCCAUUGACCCUGCCCCUCUGUUCGAGGCCAAUGAGCUGCUCCUGGCCUGCAGGAGAUACCAAGUAGAGCUGAUGCAGGGGGAUGCAGAGGAAGACAGGACGUUCUACACGCGACUGCUGAAGAAACUCAUGGACGAGGUUCCUCUGGGUGAUAAAGUCCCACGCAAGAAAUGAAGAACAUUAUUUACAUUUAUUUUACUGCGUUUUAUCUUUCCACUCAUGUAUUUUAAAAUAAUUAAGGGUUUUAUUUGAUUAGCAAAGAUCACAGCAUGAUUUUAUUUCUGUUUGAUCUUCAGACACUCCUGUGCAGGUCUUUGGGUGCAGUAAUCAUUAAGGAGGAUGUUCUGUAAUUUCUCAUUGAUUUGUACAUGAAGGUAAUUUUUUCUCUCCUGAACUGAUGCUUUUAAAUUAAAAUGCAAAGUCUAUUAAAGUUAUGGCAAACAUCCAGA